ACCAGAAGAACUGCGGCAACGUCUCGAAGAUUUUGCGGUGGAAGUCGAAGAAAUGCUAGAAAUAGAGAUAAUCAAGGUGGAGGACCCGGGAUGCCUGUGGGCGCGGGUCCUGAGAGGAGCAGGCGUUCAGCCGGACAGCCCUGAGGAGUACGAGCACCUGAGGGUGCAGAUGAACCUCUUCUACCACAAGGUCAACAUGGACCUCCAGAAGCUGAAGCCUGCAGAACUGAAGCUGGGGCUGGUGUGUGUGGUGUUCAGUCUGGCUCUGAAGAGCUGGUGUCGUGCCGUGGUCGAGUCCGUCAUCGAGGGGUCGCUGGACUCUCAGGCCUGGUGUUUGUUGGUAGACCACGGAGAUCACAUCAUCGUCAGAGCUAAUGAUGUCAGGACUCCUCUGGAGAAGUUCCUGCAGCUGCCCUUCAGGGUGCGCCGCUUCAGCCUGGCUGGGAUUCGCCCCAUGACCCUUCAGGUGCCGGUCUCCGGAGACACGGCCGAGCUGGUGCCCUCCUCAACGUGGGACAGCUCUGCCACCAAAUACUUGCACAAUCUGCUACAAGUGUCGACUCUGGUGGAAGCCGUUCUGUGUGAAACGCUUGCCGGCUGCUCUGCCGUUGAACUCUACUUGACUAUCAAUGACACAAAGAUCUGUGUGAACCAUGAGCUCGUGGCCAAGAAGUUUGCCUGUUUCGUGAGUGAGAAGUCGAGCGUGCCGGACGGGAACAGGAAUGGAGACCGGGUUCCUGUCAGCCUGGCGUGGGACAUUUACUCCCGUCCUCAAGAGCUCUUGGAGAUGAAGGGCUGCUGUCCGGUCAAAGCUUCGCCCGCGCCCGAAAUCCCCCAGAAUCCCCAACGAACCGAGCGGAGAGAUGAUCCACAACCACAGACAGAAAGCGAGCCGCAGAAACCGCAGGUGUCGGAGGAAGAACACACGCAUUCUCCGGUCAAACCUCAAGUCCAUAAACUGGCCCGCAAUGCUGGGACCAACACUAUCGGCAGAGGAUGGCGGAUCAGAGUUGAGGCCACGGGCAUUACCACAGAGGAAAGCUGUGCGCAGACCGACGUAAACAAGGCCCAAUGCAUGAAGUUUAAAUUACGUUCAAAGCAGAUUCCUGAAUCUGUUGAAGAGAAGCGGCACAGUCCUGAUCGGCCUGAAGAGAACGGCGUGGCUUCAGCACCAGCCGGGAGUUCGGCAUCAUGUGCCAGUGACUCCUCAGAGGAGCAGAAAGAGGCAUCUCUCCCCCAAGAGCCCAAUCUUGAUGAUCAGCUGGCCUCGUCAAGACUCAUGCAGUUUCUGAACCCUGAUCCACUCAAUCCAGACCAAGAAUCUCUUGAUGCCAAAGCUGCACGCUGUGACCCGGGUCACCUGGGUGUGUUGGUGCACUCCGCCCUGCGUGUCGAACCCUGCAGAAACCUGGCCCGCGCUCCCAUCAGCGAGCAGUUCAGAAAGUUCCUGCUGCGGAGGAAGUAUAACGGGCCGAAUGUGGCGGAGAGCUACUGUUGGCCUGCGGUGGCUCGGGGCUUCGACACAGUGCUGGUGUCACACAGCGGGGACAAUCCUCUGUCCUAUAUCCCUCCUCUGCUGAUGCUGUUGCAGACGGUGUCGGUCGUCUCCAGCCUCGCUGCUCGCUCUGGGCCUGUGGCGGUGAUUCUGUGCCCAGGCUGGGAGAAAGUCCAGACGGUGCUGGAGCUCCUGGAGGACAGCCGAGCCACUCACAGUCUCCGUCCCACCAGUGCUCUGCUGGGCUUGGACCAGGACGAGCCCAAGAAGUUCAAGAUCCCGAGGAACUGUCAGCUGCUGGUGACGACCCCGUUCUCCAUGAUGAGACUGCUGGAGGCUCAGUGCUUUCUGUUCCUGAGGCUGUGUCACCUGGUGCUGGACGAGGCCGAUGUCCUGUAUUCACAAGCUCCUGAGCAGAUGUCGGUGAUCCUGAAGCACUUUCAGAAGGUGGUGUCCGGAGAGGAGAGGUCCUCGUGCCCCAGGCAGAUCAUCGCGGUCGGCGGGCGGUGGAGCGCCGGGAUCCAGGCUCUGGUGCGAGAGCACAUGAUCUAUCCCUCUAUCAUCAUCACCGUGAUGGAGGAGGCCGCGCUGUACGGCAGGGUUCAUCAGAGGGUUCAGCUGUGUCUGGACUGCGACAAGAUCUCCGUUCUGCUCGGAUCUCUGGACUUCCAUCCGCCCAAACCCCAGAAAACCCUCAUCAUUACCAACUCGGCUGAGGAGACAGAGCAUGUGUAUAAGGCUGUGGUCAACACUGCCGUAUUCACACUGAAAGCUCAUGAAGAUGUGACGGACCAGUUUGACUUCGUCAUUGAUCAGUGGAGGAAAGACAUCGGUCAAGGAACCCAGGUCAUUCUGGUGACCACCAACGACUGCCUCAAGGCUCUUGGUAUCCGGGACGCCACAUGCGUGGUCCAUUACGGGUUCCCCAGCUCCCCCAAGCUGUUCGGCCGACGCCUCUUCUGCAUGUCGGAGAACUUCAGAAGCCUUCCAGACACGGAUCACGGCGAGAGCUGGUGCCCGGCGGCUCAGUCUGUGUUGCUGCUCUCAGAGCUGAACGCCCGGCACGUGUGUGGUGUGCUUCGGUACCUGAGGAGAGCCGGUGCCCGUCUGCCCCCCGAGCUGCUGCAGUUCGCUCUCGGUGUCCAGCAGGCCAAGGAGGAGCAGAAGACCCAGCGCCCACUCUGCUGCACACUCAAGAGCUUCGGCUUCUGCAGAGACAGCACAGUUUGUCCAGAUAGACACAUGAUCAACAAAUCCCUGGAUCAUCCAAAGCACCCGGACUCUGGCACUGUAAUGGUUUUGCCGCUGCUGAUAAAGACCGCGAGCGUGUACUCGGGGCGGAUCGUGAGCCGGAGCGAGGACCGUUACGAGGCUCUGGCGGCUGCCAUGAGCGCGCACUACGCCGAAGAGAGACGCUGCGCUGUGGAGGUGCUGGAGGGAGAACUGUACGCCGUCCAGGAGGAGAACUCCUACAGCCGUGUGCGUGUGAUGGAGGUGCCGGAUAAAGGAGAGCAGUUGUUCAGCAGCGUCACGGCCUGCUUCAUCGACGAGGGCCGCACACAGGAAGUGAAGUCACACCAGCUGCUCCAGCUUCCUGCUCAGUUCCAGGAGCUGCCGGACCAGGCCGUGGAGAUCGUCCUGUGCCGAGCGCAGCCCGUCGACGGAGAGGUGGACUGGAACCCAAAGGUGACCAGAGCCGUGAGCGUGAAGAUCAGAGGGAAGCUUCAUCAGGCCAGGGUCGUGAUGAGCGUGGGGAACACCAUCUGGGUCGAUCCGAUGGUGCGCAUGACGCGAGUGCCGGGUCUGAAGACCUACAUCAACGAGUAUAACGUCCACGCUGAGAUCCUGGCCUCUGGGUUCGGUGUCAAUAACCCUCAGCAUCUGGACCUGCUGAAGAGGGUUUUCCAGGGAGAGCAGACCCUCGGCACGCUGGAUCAGCACCUGACAGACGACAGGAGUGAGAGCCAUGCGCUGAGCCUCUCCGAGGAGAUGAUGACCAGCCGGAUGAAGGAUGUGGUCAGUACCCACAAUGCACUGCGCUUCAUCAACAGCAGCAGCGCAGAUCAGGAGCCGGCAGAGGAGACCAGCCCGGAUGUGAACGGAUUCUCAUCUCCAGACCUGACCAGCUGUGAAACAGACAAUGAUGAAGCCCUGAGCAUCAACAGAUUACAGGCUGCUAAUAAACCACAAGUACUCCAUAAUCCAGCACUUUUAUCAUUCCAGCCUCCCAGUUUCCACCCACAGAUCAAGUGGUUUCAGAGGGGCGAGUUUGUGACCAUCUGUGUGAAGCUCACCAAUCCAGUGAUGCAGAAGUGUGAAUUCAGCUCUGACACAGUCAUCUACAGUGGGUACGUGAAUGACCGGCAUUACCACGCAAAGCUGGAGCUGUCCGGUGAAAUCAUCGCGGAGAGGUGCUCAUGGGAAAUCAGGUGCAAUGAGCCUGUGAUGAAGCUGAUGAAAAAGGAAAAGCAGGACUGGACGACGCUCCUCAAGCACAAGAGUGCCUUCGUCAGCUAUGAGUUUGACCACAUCGAUGAGACUUGUGCUUCUCCAGUGAACGGGAACUGGUUCAAGGCAGAGUUGGGAGAGGACGGCUGUUUCAUCAGCUCCGAGAGCGACAGCGACAGUGACUGAGCACAUCGGCUCCCACAUAAGUUUACUUGCUUUAGGACAAUAAUGCUUAUGCUUUAUUUUAAGAUGACGUAAUUACAUUGUACUUACUCAGAUAUGUACUGAGUAAUAUUAAUUAACUAGAGUUUUGUUUAGGGUUAAUUGCUUGUAAUUAUGCAUAAUUUAGUGUUUGCUAUAGUGAGUACGUGUAACUUCGUCACCUUAAAGUGUUAUCUUAAAAUAAUAAUAAUGUUUGUUUUCUUUUUAGCAUUUGUGUUGAGGUAUCUUUUAAACUGCUUCUUUGAGUUGCACUAGUUUCUUUUAUACGUUUAAGUUUGUUGUUUAUAUUAUUAAUUACUACACAUUGUCCUCUAACUAGCAAUUUCACAUGUUCUUUAAGAAGUAAUAAAGUGACACCACGCAUA